GGUACACGUUGGCGGUGGUUACGUCCACUUGGUUAUAAAUUAGACCCGUGCGGGCCUCAGGUUUCAUUGUUAAUUCGUUUGUUGAAGACACUGUGCUCACACGAAUCAUGAAGGUCCUCGUCGUCGUCGCGCUUUUCGCCUUUGUGGCAGUCCAGGUGAGUCACGCUGCCCCUGCACCCGACGACGCGGCGCCUAAAGAGGACGCAGCGGCAGCAGCGGCAGCGCCAGUCGCACCGGCAGCUGCUCCAGUGGCGGCUGCUUCUGCAGCAGCACCCGUUUCGGCGGCGGGCUCUGCACCAGCGUCAGCUCCUGCGGCGGCGGCUCCGGCACCUGCUGACGCCGCACCCGUACCACUCGCUGCACCCGCAGCACCUGCAGCCCCUGCCGCUGAUGCUCAACCCGCUGCUGAUGCAGCGUCGUCGCCAACUCCUGCCGCGGAGGCUGGCAAACAGUAAUCUGUAACAACACAACACAAUUCCAGGACAGUGCUUCAUUUCACAAAAGAAUGAUCUCAAAAUUCAUGUAAACCUUUGACAACAACCACGAUUAUCCC